UCGUUUCCAACUGGAAAAAGAUUGGGACUUGGGUUUUGAAAUCGCGUCGUAGCUCUUCACAAUUAUCAAAGGUGGAGUAGGAGAGAGAUGGGGAAUAUGUUCGUGAAGAGACCGAAGAUCACAGAGGUUGAUCGAGCGAUUCUCUCUCUCAAAACCCAACGCCGCAAGCUUGGUCAAUAUCAGCAACAGCUUGAGAAAGUAAUUGAGGCCGAAAAGCAAGCUGCAAGAGACCUAAUCCGUGAGAAGCGGAAAGACAGGGCCUUGUUAGCAUUGAAGAAGAAGCGGACUCAAGAAGACUUAUUGAAGCAAGUUGAUCAGUGGGUCAUCAAUGUCGAACAACAAUUGGCAGAUAUUGAACUAACAAGCAAGCAGAAGGCAGUCUUUGAGAGCUUGAAGCAAGGUAACAGUGCCAUUAAGGCGAUUCAGAGUGAAGUCAACCUUGACGAUGUUCAGAAACUAAUGGAUGAUACUGCCGAGGCCAAGGCUUAUCAGGAUGAGCUGAGUGCCAUACUGGGGGAGAAACUAUCAGAAGAAGACGAAGAAGAGAUCUUAGCAGAAUUCGAUGACCUCGAAAAUCAGCUCAAUGUUGAAGACAUGCCUGACGUCCCUACAACAGAGCCAGUGCGUGAAGAAGACGAGAUAUUGGAUCUCCCUGAUGUGCCGACAAAACAACCACUCGCUGCUCCCACUGCAGAAAUCGCUUCAACAAAGAGAAAAGUACUUGAAGAACCUUUGGAAGCUUGAUUGAGAAGAGAAGAAUAUGAUGGAAGUAUAUAUCAUUCUUUCUCUGGACACUUUUUUUUUUCUUGUGGGCUCUUGAAGCUCAUUUUGUAAAGCUUGCAAAAGAACAAAGUUGUUGGAGUUUCCUGUGUGACAAUGAAAAAAAAAAUGUUGAUCAUUAUGGUUUAUGAAUGUUUUGGUUGGUUUCUAAAAA